CACCACAACCUCCACCUCCCAGGUUCAAGUGAUCCUCCUGCCUCAGCCUCCAAAAUAGCUGGGAUUACAGGCUUCCCCCUGCACAGAUCUCCCCCCACCCCAUGAAAUGCUGAAAAGGAUUGACUUUUAAAAACUCUUAGUAUGUGAGGAAGAAACCCGGAAGAGGAAGAGGAAAGCAAAGAAGUCAGGGAUGGCCCUUUCUCAGAGUCUGUUGACAUUCAGGGAUGUGGCCAUAGAAUUCUCUCAGGAGGAGUGGAAAUGCCUGGACCCUACUCAGAGGAUGCUAUACAGGGACGUGAUGGUGGAGAAUUAUAGGAACCUGGUCUCCGUGGGUAUCUCUUCCAAAUGCACAAUGAAGGAGUUCUCAUCAACAGCACAAGGCAAUAGAGAAGUGAUCCACACAGGGACAUUGCAAAGACAUGAACGUCAUCACAUUGGAGACUUUUGCUUUCAGGAAAUUGAUAAAGAUAUUCAUAACUUAGAGUUUCAGUGGCAAGAAGAUGAAAGAAAUGGCCAUGAAGCACCCAUGACAAAAAUCAAAAAAUUGAUGGGCAGUACAGAGCAAUAUGAUCAAAGUCAUGCUGGAAACAAGCCUAUUAAAGAUCAGCUUGGAUCAAGCUUUCAUUUGCAUCUGUCUGAACUCCACAUAUUUCAGCCCAAAGGGAAAAUUAAUAAUCAAGUUGAGAAGUCUAUCAAUGAUGCUUCCUCGGUUUCAACAGCCCAAAGAAUUUCUUUUAGGCCCAAAACCCAUGUAUCUAAUAACUAUGGGAAUAAUUUUCUGAAUUAUUCAUUACUCACACAAAGACAGGAAGUAUACAUGAGAGAAAAAUCUUUCCAAUGUAUUGAGAGUGGCAAAGCCUUUAAUUAUAGCUCACUCUUAAGGAAACACCAGAUAAUUCAUCUAGGAGAGAAACAAUAUAAAUGUGAUGUAUGUGACAAGGUCUUUAUUCGGAAACGAUAUCUUGCACGCCAUCGUAGAUGUCACACUGGUGAGAAACCUUACAAGUGUAAUGAGUGUGGCAAGUCCUUCAGUCAGAUGUCAUCCCUUACAUAUCAUCAUAGACUUCAUACUGGAGAGAAACCUUACAAAUGUGAAGAAUGUGACAAAGCUUUCAGACACAAUUCAGCCCUUCAAAGACAUAGGAGAAUUCAUACUGGAGAGAAACCACACAAGUGUAAUGAGUGUGGCAAGACCUUUAGUCAGAAGUCAUACCUUGCAUGCCAUCGUAGCAUUCAUACUGGAAAGAAACCUUACGAAUGUGAAGAAUGUGACAAAGCUUUCAGUUUCAAAUCAAACCUUGAAAGUCAUAGGAUAACUCAUACUGGAGAGAAACCAUACAAGUGUAAUGAUUGUGGCAAGACCUUCAGUCAUAUGUCAACCCUUACGUGCCAUCGUAGACUUCAUACUGGAGAGAAACCUUACAAGUGUGAAGAAUGUGAUGAAGCUUUCCGUUUCAAAUCAAGUCUUGAAAGACAUAGGAGAAUUCAUAAUGGAGAGAAACUGUACAAAUGUAAUGAAUGUGGCAAGACCUUCAGUCAGGAGUUAUCCCUUACAUGCCAUCAUAGACUUCAUACUGAAGAGAAACUUUACAAAUGUAAUGAUUGUGGCAAGACCUUCAAUCAGCAGUUAACCCUUACAUGCCAUUGUAGACUUCAUAGUGGAGAGAAACCUUGCAAGUGUGAAGAAUGUGACAAGGCUUACAGUUUCAAAUAAAAUCUUGAAAUACAUCAGAAAAUUCACACUGGAGAGAAAUGUUACAAGUGUAAUGAUUGUGGCAAGAUCUUCAGUCAUACCUCAUCCAUUGUAUACCAUCAUAAAUUUCAUAGUGGAGAGAAAUCUUACAAAUGUGAAGAAUGUGAUGAAGCUUUCAGUUUCAAAUCAAACCUUGAAAGACAUAGGAGAAUUCACACUGGUGAGAAACCUUACAGCUGUAAUAGGUGUGGCAAGACCUUCAGUCAUACAUCAUUCCUUACACGCCAUUGUAGACUUCAUACUGGAGAGAAACCUUACAAAUGUGAAGAAUGUGAUGAAACUUUCAGAUACAAAUCAAACCUUGAAAGACAUAGGAGAAUUCAUAAUGGAGAGAAACCGUACAAGUGUUAUGAAUGUGGCAAGACCUUCAGUCAGAAGUCAUGCCUUACACGCCAUCAUAGACUUCAUACUGGAAAUAAAUCUUAGAAUUGUAAUGAGUGUGGCAAGACCUUCACAUGGCAAAACCUUUCAUAGUCAGCACUUAUUUACCAUCAAGCAAUCCAUGGCAGAGGGAAAUUUUACAAAUGUAAUGAUGGUCACCACGUCUUCAGUAAUGCUACAACUAUUGCAAAUCAUUGGAGAAUCCAUAAUAAAGAGAGAUCUUACAAGUGUGAUAAAUGUGGCAAAUUUUUCAGACAUCGUUCAUACCUUGCAGCUCAUGGGUGAACUCAUGCUGGAGAGAAACCUUACAAAUGUGAAGAAUGUGAUGAAGCUUUCAGAUUCAAAUCAAACCUUGAAAGUCAUAGGAGAAUUCAUACUAGAGAGAAAUCUUACAAGUGUAAUGAGUGUGGCAAGAUGUUCAGUCAAAAUUCAGCCCUUGUAAUUCAUAAUGCAAAUCAUACUGGAGAGAAACCUUACAAGUGUAAUGAAUGUGGCAAUUUUAAUCGCAAAGCAAAGCUUGCACAUCAUAGACUUCAUACUGGAGAGAACACUUACAAGUGUAAUAAAUGUGGCAAGGUUUUUAAUCAGCAAGCACACCUUGCACGUCAUCAUAGAACUCAUACUGGAGAGAAACAUUACAAGUGUAAUGAGUGUGGCAAGACCUACUCUCACAAUUCAGUCCUUGUAAUUCAUAAGACAAUUCAUACUGGAGAGAAACCUUACAAGUGUAAUGAAGUUUUUGACAAGGCUUUUGGACGUGAUUCACACCUGGCACAACAUCCUAGAGUUCACACUGGAGGGAAACCUUACAAGUGUAAUGAGUGUGCCAAAGCCUUUAGUGGGCAGUCAACACUUAUUCACCAUCAGGCAAUCCAUAGUGCAGGGAAACUUCACUAACGUAAUGAUUCUAACAACGUCUUCAGUAACGCUACAACCAUUGUAAAUCACUGGAGAAGCCAUAAUGAAGAGAGAUCUUACAAAUGUAAUAAUUGUGGCAAAUUUUUCAGACAUCGUUCAUACAUUGCAGUUCAUUGGCGAACUCAUGCUGGAGAGAAACCUUACAAAUCUCAUGAUUGUGGCGAGGUCUUCAGUCGAGCUUCAUCCUUUGCAAAACAUAGGAGAACUCAUACAGGAGAGAAACCUCACAAGUGUGAUGAUCAUGGCAAAGCCUUUACUUCACAUUCUCACCUCAUUAGACAUCAGAGAAUCCAUACUGGACAGAAAUCUUACAGAUGUCAUCAGUGUGGCAAGGUCUUCAGUCCAACUUCACUCCUUGCAGAAUAUCAGAAAAUUCAUUUUUCAGGUAAUUGUUCCCAAUGCGAUGAAUAUAGCAAACCGUCAAGCAUUAAUUGACAUUAGAGUCAGUUCAGCAUUGACUUGAGUUUGAGUUGACUUAACGUUGAGUUCAAGCAUUAAUUGAUAUUAAAGUGUUUAUGUUAAGAGGACUGGGCUGUGUGGCGUGGCUCACGCCUGUAAUCCCAGCGCUUUGGGAGGCCAAGGCGGGUAGGUCACUUGAGGUCAGGAGUUUGAGAUCAGCCUGGACAACAGACCUGAGCCACUUGUCCCAGCCUGUUUUUUUGUUUCUUUAACAAAAACUGAUAGGGAUUUUUAUGGGUAUCGUAUUGAAUCUAAAUUACAUUGGGUUAUAUAAUCAUUUAACAUAUUAAUUUUUCCAAACCAUCAAUAUGGGUUGUUAUCUCUUUAUAUGUUUUUAAUCAUUUUGAUCAAUUUUUGUUGAUUUCAAGGUACAAACUUCUCACCUUUUUACGUUUAUUCCUAAGUAUUUCUUACUUUAAGUUCUCCAGCAAAUGGAAGUGUGUUAAAAUUUUCUUUUAAACUUGUUUAUUGUUAAAAUAUGGAAAUUCAGUUAAUUUUUGGUGCUGAUACUGUAUUGUGCAAAUCCACUGAAUAUGUUUGUUAGUUCCAGUACGAUUUUGGUUGAGUCUGUGAUUUUCUACACAGAAGAUCAUGUCAUCUACAAACAAAUAUAAUUUUACUGCUUUCUUUCUGAUUUGGAUGAGUUUGAUUUCUUUUGCUAUUUAAUUGCUCUGGCUAGGACAGGCAGUGUUCAUUGAAUAGAAGGGGUGAGAGCAUUCUUGCAUCAUGUGAGAUCCUAUAGGAAAAGCAUUCCAUUUUCCCUGCUUGGUUAUUUAUUUGUUGGUUAUUUCAUGGAUGGUCUUUCUAUUGUUGAGGUAAAUUUCCUUUUCUGUCUAUUUUGUUUAGGAUUUCUAUGAUGACUGGAUUUUGAACUUUGUGAAAUGCUUUUUCUCCAUCUAUUAAAAUGAUGUGGAUUUCAUCUAU